AUGGACAGCGCGGAGAAAGUGUAUGCUACACAGAAUAACAGCAUCAGGGCGAAACUUGCUCAGCAGGCAAGCGCUAUCGAUGAAGCGGAAUAUGUCAAGAACGAUGAUCAGCUAUCGACAAACAUCAAAAGCCUUACACAAUUGAUUGAAAAACCACUAGAUCAAACCCAUGUGCUUGAAAUUAGUGAAUUGUUGAUCCAGUCCGAAGAAACCAGAAGUUUGAAUUUUCUAAUGAUAGAUUGUGUGGCUGAUGAAGUCACCGAUAGUGAAUAUGACAACGCCAUAGAUCAUGGGAAAAACAAGUGGGUAGAAGCAGGGUUAAGAAUGUUAUCGGUCUAUAAUAAAUUGUCAACGUUAGAAUGUGUGACUGAUGAGAUGAAAUGGAAUGUCUUUGUGAAAAGUGCCACAUUUACCUUGAUCAGUCCAAUCUUAGAACUUAAAAAGACCAAAGUAUUAUAUUUUCUAAACCAGAUUUCCAAAAAAUUUACAAAUACAAAAGACCAUAUUCUCGUUAGGGUUUUAAGCAAAAUCGGCGACCUCAAGAUUAUCGAUUUCCAGCUUUAUAGUGAAUAUUUAGCAUUUAUUGUUUCGGAAAUCCAUCAGCAACACCCUCCAGGACUAUUAACAUUUUUGAAUAUCUUGCCACAAAAUAUUAUUCAAAGACACUUGUUUCAAUCGAUUUUUGAGUAUAAUGUAUUUGCUGCAUCGUCAGUAUACUCAACGAUUACCCUUAAUAAUUUGUUCAACCGUAAUUUCGGAUUCGAUGAAGCCACAGUAUCAACAACAAGAAUCUUGGCAUUACUUACAAAUAUGAUAAUAUCUGGUCGUCUACAUGCGAAGAUUAAUCUAAAAGAUAACAUUUUGUUCUUUGACCUCGAGGAUUGGGAUCACCACGAGCAUGCAAAUACUGUGAUUAUCAAUUGGCAAAAAUGGUAUAUGAAUGAAGUUUUAGGGAAAGUGGGCCUGAUUUCUGACGAAAUAUCUCAACUUUAG